ACUCGGAAAUGUCUUUGAAACGGAACAACUUCCGAUUUAGUUUGACAUUGCUAGUAGUUUCGCCCCCCUCAAUUAGUUAGCAUGGCUUCGCUGUCUUUAAAUACGAUAAAACAAAUGAUGCGAGUUAUGAAAGACAAGCCAGGCUUCGACAGAGUCCUAAACAAGGUGGAGGCGGUGGCUGCCGCACCGGGCAAGGUGGUGUGCGAGAUGAGGGUGGACGAGGAGCACACCAACGGCUUCGGGACGCUGCACGGCGGCCUCACAGCCACCCUGGUGGACGUCAUCUCCACCAUGGCCAUCAUGUAUAGCGAGAGGGGAGCGCCGGGAGUCAGCGUCGACAUGAAUAUAACCUACAUGAACGCAGCCAAGCUGGGCGAGGACGUGGUGAUCACGGCUCAGGUGCUGAAGGAAGGCCGCACGUUGGCGUUCUGCACCGUGGACUUGAGCAGCAAGGCCACGGGCAAGAUGAUCGCGCAGGGACGGCACACCAAACACCUCGGCGGCAGCUGAACGCGCAGGCAUGCCGACGCUUUGUUUGCUCUUCGUUGUCAGUGCAGUUGAGAUUCACAACACGUCUGACGACUUAAAUAUUUUGCCUUCUAUUAAGAUAUCCUUGUAAAAUGUGAUCUUUUUGCCCAUCUCUAAAAAAUGUUUUUGCUAUUUUCUCGUCCCUCAUUUUACUCCCCUGCUACAAUCAAGUCACUUGUGAUGAAGAGAAAGAUAGCUAAUUAUCGUUUUGUUAUAAUUCACAAUUCGGAGGACCUUUUCUCAUACAAUCUCUUUUUAUAGUCAAUUUGUUUUUAAUUUUUUAGUAAAACUAAUUCAAUUACUUUCCAAAUUAACUUGACAUUUAAAUCUCAUCAAAUCAAACUCAUUAAAUAACAUUUGUAACGUAUAUUUGUAUUGUAAAUUGACAGCUUUUUUUUUUGCAAUAUUUCAUAUUUAUAGAUUUUUUUUGUUAGGGGAAAAAAAACAUACUUUUACCCAGUAAUAUAUUUGACCCGUCAUAAAAUCACACACAAAAAAAAAAUAAUGCAGCAUUACAAUCUUUGGGUGCAUUUUCUAGCUCCUCUGAGGUUUUUGCACGGCAUACCACAUUGCAAAUAAAAGUCACACGUGCAAUAACAACAAAAAGUGGAGACGAGUGUUGCGUUCAAAAUUUGUAUUGAUAUAUGCUCAGCAGUAUUGAUCAACAGAAUGAAAACAAAAAAAGCCUCAAACCUUCAACUGGACACACUUUCGAGUCAUGAACAUGAAAAAAAAAAUAAAAAUAAAUCUUUGACAAGCAAUUUAAAAUUUGAGCCAAUCAAAACAGAAAAUGUUAGUUUGCAUUUGUUAGGUAAAUUGUUAUUCUCAUUAAACAGCCCGCAUCCCUAAUCAAACAUCAGUAGUGAUUCAAGCACAAUACAACCC